AGCUACGCGAAGAGACUGGUCAACGCCGACCGCGCCGCUCUCUUCCUAGUCGACCGCCUCACUCACCAGCUCUACUCGUCGAUUUUUGAUAACGGUGGCGCCACUUCCGCCGGCGCCGAGUCGACGCCCCAGAUCAGGUAUCUGUUCGAUGCGCUGUACGACAAGAUCCGUCGGUCGGAGCAGAAAUACAAGGUGGCGCUGGAGGUGCUGACCUAUCACAAUCAGUGCACCGAGGCCGAGUUCGAGGAUCUAAAGGAAGAACCAAUACCUGAUAUGAUCGAAAGUAUUCCCAGAUUCGAAUUUACGGACUACCUGGAAAACGAUAAUGACAAGAAACCAAUGAUGUCUCUCUACAUGUUUAAAGACCUAUUCGGAUUAUCGAGGUAAGAAGU